UCUUGGCUUUUAUCAGGAGUGUUUAUAUCGUCCGCCGAUUCAUCCAUUGCGUUGGCAACGCACGGAACCAUUGCGUCGGAAUUCAAGGAUCUGGCCUACUCGAGCUGGAUUUAUACCAGUUUUGGACUGGCUGCUGCAGCGUCGCAGCCUUUGCUUGCAAAGUUGAGCGAUAUCUACGGCCGAAAGACUGUGCUGCAGGUCUCUAAUGCGCUAUUUGCUCUGGGCUGUGGCAUUGGAUCGACCUUCCUUCAGGUUAUUAUCGGUCGUAUCGUCUCGGGUAUCGGCGGUGCGGCAAUGACGAAUCUGGUCUUCAUCUCCAUAGCAGACUUUGUCCCUGUACGUGAGGCUGCGGCUUGGAGAGGCUACGUUAAUGUCGUUUCCACCGCCGGCAGAAGCUUGGGCGGACCUCUUGGGGGUUAUCUCGCGGAUGUCGUUGGCUGGCGCUGGCAAGUAUUCAGCUCCCUUUCUCCAACCAUAGUGAUCGCCAUGAUACUCAUCUGGGGAAUACACCCUUCAGACCAUACCGCCGCCGAUGCAGCCGCCACUGAAGUCACCAACGACCGGGAAAAGCAGUCCAAGCUGUCUCGCGUCGAUUUCCUUGGUUCCGCGCUCUUGGCCAUCACCAUCCUGGCCUUCAUGCUGCCGCUCGAGAUCGGUGGCCAGAGUGUCCCGUGGAACCACCCGUUCAUCUGGGCGCUUUUGGGCGUGUUUGUGCUCUGUGCGGUCCUACUCGUGCUGGUGGAAGAGUACUGGGCGAAAGAACCUGUCUUCCCGAUCGGCCUCAUGCGCAAUGGUGAUGUGGUGGCUUGCUAUCUUGUAACGAUGCUGCAACUGGCCGGCCAAAUGGGGUUCAUGUUCAGCGUUCCGCUGUACUUUCAGAUCACCGCCCGAGCCUCGGCAAAAGUCGCGGGUGCGCACCUCUUCCCUGCUGUUGCAGGAAACGCAGUCGGAGGCCUCAUGACCGGGUACUUGGUCAAGCGCUCCGGCCGCUACAAGUUCUUGAUCACCCUCGCCACAGUCGUUGCCGCAAUUAGCUACCUCCUCGUCCUGCUUCGCUGGCGCGGCCACACCAACCUCCUAGAAUCGCUGUACAUUAUUCCAGGCGGCUUCGGCACCGCCAUCGCGCAAUCCGCCGUCUUUGUCGCCGUGUCCGCCGCCAUCGACCCCGCGCACAUGGCCGUCGUGACCAGCGGGCUUUACCUCUUUGGGAGCAUCGGCGUCGUCGUAGGCAUGACGGGCGCGAGCGCGGUCCUGCAAAGCGUGCUGCGCAGGGCCUUAGAAGACAAAUUCGCGAGCUUGCCUGACGGAAAGAAGUUUAUUGAACGCGUCUUGUCGGAUCUGGCGUUCGUGGACGGGCUUGUUGGGUGGGAGAGGGAGGCGGUUGUGGGAGCGUAUUUGAGGGGGCUUGACUGGGUUUAUGGUUUGUCGCUGUUGUUUGCGUUGAUUUCUAUGGUGGCUUCGCUUUUCAUUAAGGAACGGAAACUUUGA